UAGAAUUAGAUAGAAUGAUCAUUCAAUAUCUUUCAAAGAAAAUGAUAAAAAGUUAUGGAAUUAAUGGAAUAAACCAUUCUAAAAGAUUUUAUUCCACAAAUUUGUGAUCAGUUGCAGAUAACAACAUUCAAAAAAAAUCCUCAAUGAUGUACGUUUGUGUGUUGGAACAUCAAGUAUACACAUGUACUUGAGGGGGAGAGGGAAAGCGGCAGAGUUGAAGCAGGAGGCAACAAGACGAGCAAUGAUGGCAGCUCUCUGACAACACACAUGUACACUCUCACCCUUUUGUUCCAGAUAACAACAUUAAAAAAAACAUCUCCUCUUGCGCUUGUAGGGGAUUUGACUUACUCCGCCACUCACUCCUUUUUUCACUUGAAGUAAAUGUAACUCACUCAACUUCUUAACUGUUUUUUUUUUCAAAACCAUCUUUGAAAGAAGCCUACACUCUGAAGCAUAUACAUAUACAUAAUAAAUACGCAAUUCUGGAUAUAUCACCCAAACGCGUACGUGAUGGCUCAAAUAUGGGUAACCUUAGAACAUGGUAGUUUGUUCAAAGGCAUUAAUGGGUGGGUGUUAUCAUUCAUUUGACUAAAUAAAAUACUACGAAUAAUGCGAAAGUCAAUGGCUAUGGUUAAUGGGGAAAUGGGUGUCUCUGCCCUCUGGUGUAGAGUAGUAUCCUAAAUAAAUAACCAGAGGCAGUUGAGAGUGAUAAUAAGAAGAUAUGUGGCACAACUCAUCAGUGGUGAUUUCGUUUAAAAUAAUAAAAAUUCAAUAAAAAAAUUUUGAAUGUGCAAAAAGUCAAUGGGAGUAAGGGAAGUCAGCGAGCCAACUGUAUCUGUACGUGACACGCGGCGGCGAUCUAGAUGGUUGAAACUCCCAAGACUGCUCUAUUUAAGAAGACACACUCACCCCUCUCCAACUUGAAGCUUAACACACAACAUUCAGUUCUGUAGUUUGCUAUAUCUCUUCAUCUAGUCUGACCUGUGGAGAAGGAAUGGCCAUCUUCUGUUUUCUUGUAGACCAAAGGAAGCAAGUCCGAGGGAGAAAGCCGGCUGCCGGUUUAUGCUCGAGGUGUGGAGGAGGAGCAGUGGUGGCUGACAUGAGAACCUCCACAAGAUUCUGCGGGGUUCCCUUUUACCGCAAAGCUUGGAAGGCCAUUGUCUGUCACUUUUGUGGAGCUGUGCUCAAAUCUUACCACUGAUAACUGAUGUACCAACCAUAUUUGUUAUUUUUUUUGUUUUUUUGUUUUUCCAAUUCCAUUUGUUUGUUUUAAUGAAUCAAGCUACUUGCCAUUGUAUGUAGCCUGCCUAGAGACCCCUACUGUUUUGUUGUUAUUCAGCUCUUUUUCUAUAAGCUUUUGAGA